UGUCAAUACAUAUCCCUGUCAUCUCUUCUAGACUAUUUAAGGAAUGAAGAUGCCUGCCCAGUUUGAAUGUGGUUUUUGUGGGAAAUCCUUUUCAUCCAAGACAAAUUGGAGACGUCAUGAAAAACAAAAGCAUAGAGAGUUAGACGAGGGUGACAAAUUUGGUUGCCCAGACUGUGGAAGAUAUUUCAUAAGAAAACAUGACCUUUGUAGACAUAUUGUUGCUAGACAUACCGACCUUUCAAAAGAGCAGCAUGCAUGUGAAGUUUGUGACAAAGCUUUUGCUCGAGAAAGUCUUUUGAAGGAACACAUGAAAGUUCACGAAGAUAGUCCAGAUGGGUCACAGAAACUUAUCUGCCACCUAUGUUGCGUCCCUUUCAAAUCAAAGAAGUUUCUUGAAAGGCACAUCAAACUUCAUGCUAAGAAAAAUAACUCAACGAGUAGUAAUACAUCCGGUGAUCUCUUCAAAACGAUGCAGUUAUUACAGCCUUAUGUGCAUAUUGGAAAAAAUAGGAAAAAGUCAUCCAAAAACGUAGACUCAGCCUCGUCAGAUGAAGAUGCAGCAUCUGCAACAAAUGAUUGUGAGAGAUUGACUGAUGAGGAAAAUAAUUCUGGGGAAAACCAGAACAUGACAGGUAUUAAAUCAGAGUGUCUUGGGAUGAAGACCUAUCCCAUUGAAAAAUUUGCCAAGCAGACAGAAAACGAUAUCAAUAUUGAAGAAUUAAGUCCUGACCAAUACGUCAUAGAUUAUGUAAAGAACAAAAUGAAAGAAACAGAGCAAGAAAGUCAUAGGCAACAAUUUCUUCUAAGUUUAUUGCCAGAUGUAAAUGAAAUGAGCAAUAGUCAGUUCAGAAGUUUUCGACAGAAUGUGUGCAGUCUUAUUGAUACGAUCCUUCAGCCUGGCGCAGAUCCAUUACGGCAGAGUAACGAAGAAUCGUCAUCAACAAUUAGUUAAUCUCAUUUUAAUAUGUAUUUUAUUACACAUCAAAUCAAACUGUGUAUUUACGGAAGGGUUCAAGGAUCAAAACUUAGUAAGCCUUGCUUCCGUGUAUUAUCCAUCACGGCUUCCAUGGCUCGCACUCUGCCAGUAUUAAAACUCUACUAGUGCUUGAGACCUUGCAUGAACAGACGGUUCAAUGGGUCAGUUGCACCAGUCAUAGAGUCAAGUUUUAAUCAUUUUUGUAUAUAGAUUAAUAAAAUAUGAUAAGAUCCGUCCAAACACUAAGUUUCCUGAGCCAAUAUUAAUGGAACUGUUGCCUUCUAAAGACAUGGCAUAUGACUUCAUCCAUGUUUCAAGCGGAGAAACCAGUGCAAAUGUAUGCAUCACUGACUGAUGAAUCCAAGGUAUGGGAGACACCAUGGUAUCCACUACUUUGGUGAAUGUCUGUAUACACUAUGUUUAUUGAAGGGCAAGAUCUCUGAUGAUAUUGGAUGUAGGAACUGUGCGUUUGCAUAGAUCUUAUUAUCUUAAGCUAAUCUAUAAGUUUUAACCAUUAAAAUGCGAUUCUAUGACAAGCGCAACAGACCCAUUCUGUGUUCACCGCAAGUUCUAACAUUAUCCUCACAGCUGGUCCUGCCAUAUACAUUCUCUCAAAGUCAGAGAGCCUUUUUCUCUUUUAUUAGUUGUUUAAAAUCUUUUUCGCUAUCUUUUUUCUCAAGAUGGAAUACAGUUUUUUAUUUUUAUUGUCGAUCACUAAUUAUCUCAUCUCUCAUUCCCUGACCCUUUGAAAUAAAAGGCAAUUGAUCGGCAAUUAUUAAUUAAAAUUUUAAUAAAUCAUCCCCAAAUUUUGCAUGUACAUGAGGAAAUUAAUUCUGCGGUCUGGAGUGCCAAAGUUUUUGGGUUUUGUUAAGUUUUUGCAUAGAUAUCAUAAUGUAACUCUGUCUAAUGGAUGCAACUUUUUAGGUGUGAUACUUGCGUAAGUAAAGCGGUCAUUUCUUCCUGUCUUGGAUCUUAGAUGCUUGAUCGGAUAGCUACAGCUCAUUAUAAUGAAGUUUAAGUCAUCAAUAAGUCAAAGAGCCGUAUUCAUUGUCGUUCCUUGAACAGCUCCUUUCCAUUUGUUGCCCCAUUUGGUUUACUUGGACCACAUUUUGCAAUAAGGAACCACUUUUUCUGGCUCAUUUUAGAAACAACAUAUGUGCCAUUAGUUCCCCUAUGCAGAAAGGUGUUUUUAUGGAGGAGCCAGAGAUAGUGGUUCCAUGUUGCAAAAUAUAAUCCACUUUAUGAUGAAUGAAGGUUUAAAGAAGCCCUCGAAA